AUGGAUGCCGCUCUUCUCGCAAGGUGCGAGAGCAUCCUUGACUCCGCCAAGGACGGCGAGGGGCUCGUGAAGAAUGUUCACGAGUGCCUCACACUCUUGGAGUCCCGGGGGCUGCUGUACAAAAUGGCUUUGCACCCGUCGAUGAUCGGCAUAUCGCCGCUCAACCGCGACGGGAGCGGCGUGAAUGCCGUGGACGUCCACGAUUUGCUUUCGGAUAUCUUGGCCGCAGGCUUUCUCGAGGACCGGGUCUCCGCGAUCGGGGUGGAGGUGCAGUCUGCAGCCGAAGUGACUUGGAACGUGGAGUUCUUCAAAGCCACACACGGAAUGCUGGGUACCUUUGACCCCAGCGCCAUCAAGUGUCUAAGCUUGGCUGGCUCGCACACAAAUUGUGUGUUGCGGAUCCUGUCCCAAAAGAUCCAGCACGAGGGAGACGAGAGCAUUUGUCACGAUGGACGUCUCAACAUGGAACUGCUCCGCAAGAAGGAUGAAAGCUUUUACAAAGCCGCCCAAAAUGGGGUGACGUGGAAAGUUAUCACCAAGGAAGCUGCAGCAAGUCUGCCACAUCUGACGUCGAUGGUACAAAGAAUGGGAAACGCCACUCUUCAACGCCACGAACACGAGUUGCAGCUGAUGCGUCGCCUACACGGCAUGUGGAUGCUCGAAGCAACCCAGCACCAACACGUUGACUUCAUGACGAUCAAGAAGCGAGUGACGACCGGAAAGACUGUGCAUCACAAGUCUCUUCCACACCUCUACACUUUCGGCUUGAAGUUCGGGGGCGGUCGCAUCCCGUUCUUGUUGGACGAGACGGAAUCCUUCGUGAGGCGUCACAGCCCCAGCACUCGGAGCCUAGGUGCUGAGUUCUGGGACAAGAUUUCCCAGGAGGUGAAGGGCACAAACCAAUUCCCCAGGGUGAAGCUCGCAUAUGCCAAAGAGAUUGCUCAGGCAGCUGAUGUCAAGAGGCUGUUACACAAAGACCUCCUGAGCGAGGUUCGCACGGCGGACGGGUUCAUGCAUCAGUGGCGAUCGUUGGUAGAGAAGCUCCCAGAAGGCACGGAUCUUCUGAGAAUGCCCGAGCUUUCCACAGCUCUCAGCUUGGCAGACAUUCAUCUCAUCGGUUUCGUGUUGAAGAUGCCACUGGAAGUGAAGCAGUACACUUCGAAAGAGGCCCUGGCACACGAUGUGGUUGUGAUCAUGCGAGGCAUCUGCCACCGGCACAUCGAAUCGCCAUGGGAGCAGCAUGCCAUGACAGUGCAAAGCGAGUCGGGUAGUAGCCCAAGCCCAAAAGUCACGACGAUGCGGGAACUCAAUCCCGAUGGGACCGUGAAGGAUGGCCUGACCCUUCUGCAAGAUGCAGGCUUCACCAUCGGAUCGUUCUGUAGGAGGAAGAGCGAUGGCCAGUCCGGCCAGAUCGCGGGGUGCCAAGCUGGGAAGGUUCAGCUCAAGCAGAUCGAUGGCACUCUAGGCAAAGUCGUGAUGGAUGUGUUUCUGAGUGGAGAUUGGGUGACCUACACUCCCAAGCCCGAGCCGGUGCUUCUCAAAGACAUCUUGCAGUAUGCCCCAAGCAAGCAUCCUGAUCUUGAAAAGCAGCGAAUGCAAGCCAUGAUCACACUCGACAUGUUGGAGUUGCAGGCUAAGCAUGAAGCAAACACUAUGCUUUCACGGCUUGAGAUGCACUUGAAGCCGCAGAAGAAGGUCUUAGCCGUGAGCAAGAUUCCCAAGAACAAGUUGAUCGUGGUUCCGUGCUCUCUCCAGGUGAAGAGUGGCACGAAGCUGCCGGAUGAUUGCAUCGAGAUCAUGCAGCCUUUGGCAGGGGUUCACUUUUGGUCCCAGCCCAUGUUGAUGCUGCCCAAGGCCGAAGGGGACCCCGGGUUUGCCAACCCGGCUUUCAUGGUGCAGACCAUACACGACGAGGAGGUCGGCAACAUGGAGCUCUCUUACAUCAAGAGUCACAGGGACAGCAAGGUGCACUUGCCGGUCCUGAAGAAUCCGCGGGAAAUCGCAGAGGGUGAGAGCCUUUUCAUUUACAAGCCCAAGGUUGAAAAGCAGGUUGUGCCUCUGGAUGCAGAUUCCCCGAACCGACCCGGGAAGAGACUCCGCACUAAGGGUCCGGGACAGUGA